GAUAGCAUAAUUUUAAAAAUGGAUACAAACUUAUUAGUUGGCUUCAAAAGGAAAUGAGUUUAAGUUCAUGGAAUUGUUGUUUCUAUUGGUGUGAUUUAAAGCAGCAGCAAGAUAGAAUGGGGGCAACAAUUUCGUCAGAUUUGGCACAAGGCACUCAAUCUUCAAAUUUAGUGCGAGAACGUGAAAGGCGUAAAAAAGUGACUGGCUUUACAACAUUAAAGAAAAAACUUAUAAGUCGUCGGAGACGCUCUUCCAAACAUGAUCAUGGAAGAAUUUUGAGAGAAUUUGUAUCAAAUUGGUCACCGGCAGAGCUCUUUUCAUUAUUGGAGGAGUAUGAGGCUCUAUCAGCACUCAAAGAUUUAUCAAUGCAGGCAGAAUUGGCUCGUCCACCUGCGACUACGUUUAAGCAAGAUUUGUCAACACUAUACGAUUGCAAGUUGUGUACAGACUGUGAUUUAGUUUUUCGUGGAAACGUUUUUCCUGUCCAUCGUGCAUUACUAUCAUCACGAUGUCCAUACUUUCGAGAUUUAUUAGCUGGAUGUCCAGGCUACGGUGCACGAAUAAUGUUGGAAUUGGAAUUGAGGUCUUCCCCGAUAGAUGUUCAAAUAUUUUCAUCACUUCUUCGGUAUCUAUACACGGGUGAUUUGUGUCAGCAUGAUCCAACAAUUGAUGUAAAUGUUUUGAGACGAUUAGGUGAAGAUUUUGGAACUCCAAACCCAUUAGAACAUGAUUUGAGAUAUUUAUUAGAGACGGGUGAUUAUGCAGAUGCAGCACUUGUGUUCACAUCGGAAGCAUCAAGUAGUAAUUCAAAUAGUGGCGAAUGUCAACGACCUGAUUCUGGAAGUUCAGAAUAUGGAUUUAGACCGAAAUUGGAGUUGCCUUGUCACAAGGCAAUUUUGAGUGCUCGAUCACCAUUUUUCCGAAGCAUGAUUCAACGAAGAUUGAGGAGUAUUGAGGAACAAAAUGAUCGAGCAAUUCCAACAAGAAUAGUUCUUGACGAAUCUGUGAUUCCAAAACGAUAUGCCCGCGUUUUGUUGCAUGCAAUAUAUUUAGAUACUGUAGAUCUAUCGCUAAUAAUUCGAGGCGGUGCUACUCACGGAAGUUUAAGUGAAGCUGCAAGUGCUGGGACUUCAUCUGCAUCCUCGUCGUCGUCAAAUCGACAAAGAGGAAGUCCAUUAGAAGAGGCUAUGGAACUUUAUCAAAUUGGUAGAUUUUUAGAAUUGGAUAUAUUAUCACAAGGGUGCGAAGAUUUAAUUCUCGAAUGGUUGACUCUCGAAUCACUGCCAAUGGUGUUAAAAUGGGGAGGACAGGCACACGGUUCAUCGUGGGUUUAUCGACAAGCAUGUCAUUAUUUACGUGAAGAAUUCUCUGCGAUUGCUGUGUCACCAAUUUUACACCAACUAGAAAAAUCACAAUUAAUUGAUGCAUUUCAAAGUAACUUCCUUCAAGCAUCUGAGCUGGAAAUUCUUGGUGCCGUUUUACGUUGGGGUGAGCAAGAAUUAAUACGUCGGAUGGAGGAUCGAGAACCGAAUCUUUUAUCACAUACGGCACACUCGGUGACUAGAAAAGGAAUAAAGAAGAGAGAUUUAAGUGAUAUAGAAUUGCGUGAAAUAUUAAGUGAAUUAUUGCCACACGUUAGAAUGGAUCAUGUUUUGCCUCCAAACAAUGAGACUCUUCAUUCGGCUAUCAGACGAGGCUUAGUCUCAACACCCCCUUCACACAUGAUUGGCGACGAUCGAGAAAAUCUCCGAAUAAAUGCAUGGAUUCGUGGCGGUAAGAAUCAUGGUUUAUUUGUUCGACCACGUCUCUUUAUGCCGUAUUAUGAUGAAGUAAAAUCACUAUUAGAGGAUCAAUCUCAACAAAUAGAAUUACUUAGAUUAAGACGAUCACGACAUUAUCCUGAUAUUCCAGACACUCUUUAUAUGGUUUCACGUUUAAAUCGUUGUAGUGUUGGAAAUGUUAGUAGCAGUAGUAAUGAUCUCCUUUUAGCGACACCACCAACGACACAACUCGAUGUUGUUACGAGUACAUCAUCAAUUCCUGCACCUGAUCCACCAGCUUUUGAGGCAAUGCAGAAAAGGGAACAAAAAUUAAGACAAACUCCAAUGUGCCAGCGUGCUUUAGCUCUUACAUUAUCAUCGAAACAUGAGAUUUAUCGACAAAUUCGUUUACGUGUUGUACGAGAAUUCAAUUUUCCCGAUGAAGUAGCCAUUCUAUUGGAGAAUUCUGUUAGUUGUUUUUGCAAUGAUGAUUUAAAUAAGAUUGAUGAUGAUUCCGUUGAUGAGGAAAUUGUCACGGGACCAUCAUCGCCAAUGGCAUCGAAUGAAAAUAUCCCAGAGUCAUUAUCGAAUCAUUAUGGCAGUAGUAAUAUGACAUUCCGUCAACAGCAAGGAACACCACAACCUCAUCAAAAUUCAGGCACUUCUUUUCGACUUCCUUCGCUCGUGACAGAAGGAGGUGAUGCUGAAGGAGCAUCGUGCGUAGACGGUGGACACAUUUCAAUGAUUAUGCCUGACGUUACAGCUUCCCUUGGACAAAUACAAUUAGAUACGGGAAGUACUAGUGAAAAUAUUGAUGGAUUACAUUUAGAUUUAGGCGAUGGAUCAAGUCAUAUAGUAUCAACACAGCCAAGACCAGCACAAUCGAUGCUCUUAUAUGGUGCACAUUCAAGUUUCAUGCCAACGCAACAAGCAAGAUUAUCAUCUUCAGUUGGAAAUUAUCAUCAUUAUAUGACGCGCUAUAUGCAAGCUGGAUCAUCAAAUCAACCUCCACCUUUACCAAAUUCCCCGCUUGCACACGCCGCAUCUUCAUCGCAAAUUCAAAUGCAUCAUUUAUCAAAUCAAGUGCCAUCAAAUCCACAAUUUAUUCCGCAACAACAGCAACAACAACAACAGCAGCAAAAUCGCCGUGCCGAAAGUAGCACAAGUAGUAAUUUUAGGGCAUCAUCGAGUCACAGUCACUCGAGUUCAUUUUUAUAGAAUGAUUAUCAUAAUAUUAAUUAAAAUUAUUAAUUGAUUUAUUGUGGUAAGUAUUAACAUUAAGCGGCAAUCGACAGACAACAAAAAUGCUAUCCCCACUUUUUAAUUUUUUGUUUUAUAAUUUUUAUUGACGAUAAG